AUUGAUGGGGACGGGGGUGAGUGGGCCAUUCUUAGGUUCCAAAGGUCAACAAGGGCAGGCCUGAGACAGAUUAUAUGGUAUAAAGCACACUCACGGUCCAUUAUCCUGAAGGCAUUGCUGACCACAGAAGCAACAGUAGGAUUCCCUAUCAAAUUGGUUCAGCCGUCCUGACGCUCCUAUUGGCAGGCUAUUGGGCUCAACAGUAUUUGCCCAUGCCCACGCCGAAAGUGAUUGGCAUUGACCUGGGUACCACGUACUGUUCGGUGGGAGUGUUUCUCCCGGGCACGGGAAAGGUGAAGGUCAUUCCAGAUGAAAACGGCCAUUUCAGCAUACCCAGCAUGGUGUCCUUUACAGCCACCGAAGUGCGUGUGGGCUACGACGUCCUGGAACUGGCCGACGCCAAUCCCCAGAAUACCAUCUACGACGCCAAAAGAUUCAUCGGGAAAAUUUUUACCCCAGAAGAGCUGGAAACCGAAAGCCGCCAAUAUCCGUUUAAGGUUGUCAACAACAACGGAUCAGCCGAAUUCUCCGUGACACGCAACGAGACCGUCAGGGUUUCCCCGGAGUACAUCAGCUCUCGACUGCUGUCGAAGCUGAAGAAGAUGGCCGAAGACUACCUCGGGAUGCCGGUGCUGAACGCGGUCGUUUCGGUGCCCGCGGAAUUUGACCUGUUGCAGAGAAACCGCACCGUUGAGGCUGCGCGCCUUGCAGGGCUGAAGAUCUUGAGGGUCAUUAACGAACCCACGGCGGCGGCAAUGGCUUACGGACUCCACAAGGUCGAUGUCUUCAACGUCCUGGUGGUCGAUCUGGGUGGGGGGACCCUGGACGUGUCUCUGCUGAACAAACAAGGAGGGAUGUUUCUUACCCGAGCAAUGGCAGGCAACAACAAACUCGGAGGACAGGAUUUCAAUCAGAGGCUGCUGCAGUAUCUGUACCAACAGAUCUAUCACGCUUACGGCUCCCUGCCCUCCCGAAAGGAAGAAAUCCACAGACUCCGGCAGGCGGUGGAAGCGGUCAAGUUAAAUCUGACCCGGCACAACUCUGCCCGAGUCGCCGUGUCCCUGACCGUGGGAGGAAGGGAGGACUCGGAGCAACCGCCGCCGGACCGAGAGACCGUUGGGAGCGGCCCAUCGGAAGGCAGGCUUUCUCCGGCAGCCGGGGACCCCGGGGAGCGCCUUUUCCGAGCGAACCCUCCGGAAGCGGACCGCCUCGGGACCCCGGUCCUGUUUGAAGCGGAGAUCUCCAGGAAACUCUUUGACACCCUGAACGAGGAUCUCUUUCAGAAGAUCCUUGUGCCCAUCGAGCAGGUCCUGAGGGAAGGGCACCUGCGGAAGACGGAAGUCGACGAAGUGGUCUUGGUAGGCGGCUCAACUCGCAUUCCCCGGAUCCGUCAAGUGAUUCGCGAGUUCUUCGGCAAGGACCCCAACACGUCGGUAGAUCCCGACCUGGCGGUGGUGACGGGGGUGGCGAUACAAGCCGGGAUCGACGGAGGGUCUUGGCCGCUUCAAGUCAGUGCUAUUGAAAUUCCCAACAGGCAUUUACGAAAAACCAAUUUCAAUUGAACUCCUCCUCCUCACCCGGGGGACCUCUUUCCUCCUCUUCACUUCUCCCAAGUGAAAACAAGCCGGAAAGAUAGUACCGCACACCCGGGUGUCGACUCACUCUAGCUCUCAUUGCUUUCCACUUAGGUGACUGGCUGCUUUCAGGUGGGCGGCACCUCCUUCCUCCUCCCCUCCCCGCCUUUUGGGAAGAACUAAAUCGUCUGAAACGAUCGUGGACCAAAACAAGCGUCCGUCUCGGACCGAGUAGCGUGCGACCACACGUGCGGAGCAGACGUGUUCUGCGAAAUAAGUUUGUGCCAACUGCGAAAAGUGCAGUCCCUCCUAAAUUGUAUUAGCAGGACCUAGUAGACUCUCUGCUUGAUUACGGAAUGCCGCUCUCCGUUUGAACGCAGCGGGCGUGAUGGUGUUGAACGCACCACCCGGGACAUUCCCCGGGAUCUGUAUUUGCCAAGGAGGUGGGGUGUUCGGAUUGAACAUCCUGGCGAGUACUCAGGUAACAGGUUGACCAGAUGUAGCAGCCCUGCCAGGCUGUGUGUUUUGGGGGCUUGGUUACAACCCUUCCUGUACCAGGAAAAAGUUUCAACAAAUGGCACCUUAUUUGGUUAGAGAGGAAAUAUCGGCACCGUCCAGUAAUCCCAACUAAUUUCCUAAAUGCUUUAUUUAUCCAGUCGUUUCUCGCAGCUUGGAAUUCCAGGACACGAUCCUGGGCAGUGACCAAUAUCCAGCCCCAGGUGUGGCAGUCUUUUCAAAAGGGACAUCCCACACUCAGUUUGGGUAAAGCGUAAAGAUUCCAGAUCUUGUCCACCGACAGAUUCCUGCUGUUCUGUGCGGGUCAUUUUUCCAGCUGGGAUUUUUGCCCCUCCAAGUGAUGGAUUGGCUCUUGUCUCCUCGCUGCUGUUUUUGUAGCUUCUGGUUUUAACGCCGCUCUGUUUUGUUUUACAUCUCGGGGUUCCAGCGUCUGGUUACAGUUGAAGGCGGGUUGCGUCCCUAGGCAGGGAGAUCCGAAGGAUCCAAGCCGCUUCACAAAGAGCCCGGGGAGUAGCAAGGAGGCUGUAUUUGUAUAGGACUGAGUACCGUGUCCGGGGGUACCAUUGGUAGUCUAGGUUUGUGGCCUUUCCCGGGAGCGGGCAGUUAAGCGUGGCCGCUAAAAAUCAAAGCCCAGAUGAUCCUGAUGCCAUCCACGUAGGUUCAUUGCAGUUGUAGGUCUGUUAUCUCCAUUGUGGCUAACUAGAAGGUAAUUGCCGUUGCCCGUCCCGUUAACUAAGAAAACCCGUUGCCCAUCCCGGGGACCUUUAACUAAGAAAACUUAAGUUACAAAGAGACAGGCUGUUUUGCAGAGGUUGGCGUUAUCUUCCCUAGUUUUUCGAGACUUUACCUUUCUCCGAAAUGGGUUUUUUUUUAUGGGCUGAUGCACCCGGUUCCGGAUACGGUUCCCUUUUAUAGAAACAAGAAAAAAAAUCACAUAACCGUGCCUGUCCAUCGCCUGAACAAAAGACGAAUUGGAUUCCGUUUUAUAAAUAAGAGAAACAUGGAAUUUCUUGUGCCGGUGUGCCUUGGGAAGGUUUUAGGCUGAAACAGGAACUUUAUUUCUCUCGCGUUUCAUACCCUGUCAGUUUCUUCCAGGUUCCAAUGAAAUCAGAUUCAAACAGUGAAAUAAAUAGAAGCAUUUUUAAGUAAUUCGGGGUACCAAAAUUGGAGGACUCUUUCUGGAAUUUGAAAAUUUCUCAGGCUAGAUAGCAGCUUUUAAGCAACCUAGUUUAGAACCUUACUCGAAACCAAAUGAAGGCAGUGUGAGAUGCAUUGGUUUGGGAUUAUACAGUCUUGUACUUGAAAGAGGAUUCUGUUUACAUGGUUACCGAGACCCCCCCCAUAAUCUGCAAGAAAUUAUCUAUAACAAACUCUGGAAAAGACUUUUUUUUUAAAAAAAAGGAGAACAUAAUACAUUUUGGGUGUAUUAUACUAGAAGUACUGUUUUCCAUUUCAUAUUUUUACAACGAAGCUGCUUGUAUUGUUCUAGAACGUGUGAGGUACUUAUUUAUUACGUAUCGGAGGAGAAUUUGGGUACUGUAUUGGCUGAGACCACUGGGUUUGUGGAUGAUAUUCCAUUGUCUAUAUACCUCUCAGUAGCGCACAGAGAUUUAUGUUGAUAUGUCGUUAUGGGUCGGAGAUGCCUCAGCAGCGUUAAGACAAGAGAUUAUGUGGAUUAGGUGGCAUUAUAUAGCUGUUGUUUUGAAAACUGCACUUUAUUCUCCUCUCAGUGCCCAAGGUUGUUCCCAUUUUAAGGCACUUAGGUUGCCAUUGGCCCGUCCCGAAGAGUACUGAAAAUGGAGCUUCUUGAUAUUUUAGUUUCCCCUUCAAAAAAAUCCAGUACAGUAAGAUUUAUGAUACCCAACAUUGUUUAUUAAAGUAUCAUUUUGAGUGAGCACUUGUCAAUAAAGAUGAGGCUGUAUUUUCCGCAGUACAAUU